AUGGCUGAAGAGGGAGGAUUUCCUCAACAAAAAUUGUUAGAAAAAUGCCCCCAGAAUCAGAUAUCAACGUUACUUCAUGGAUUGAUAGACGGCAUUUGUGGAAAGUGUCCCCCGAGAUACCAGGACUAUGCAAAGAUCUGGAGUUUGGAAGAGUGGUGGAAUGUUUGUGAUUAUUUCAAGGAACUGGCAAAGGAUACUCUAAAGAAUAUCUGGUCCAAAGAUGAGAUUGCAGCACACUUAGAAGGCCUGGGGUCUUCAAAACAAGAGGUAUUAGAUGUGUUUUGGGUGCGUAGAGAGGACAUGCAACAACAUUUAAGACAAGAAACAUGUGCAAUAUCAAGGACUCAGUUG